AUGAAGCACUCCGUCGCAUUUGCUCUACUGGCGUUAACCGCUGUCUCCAGUGGAUCUUAUCUGCCAGCUGUGCAGUCGGUUCUUCCAUACUCCUACAACUCUGGACUCAACGGCCUGGGUCUGAAUGGAUAUGAUGGUCUGGGUCACUACUCUGGACUCGCUGGACUGGGAUACUCUUCCGUGUUGGAUCAUGGACUGUCCUACCCGUACUCAGCCGCCCUUCCAUACUCUGUCUACAAUAAUGUUCUGUAUGGAGGAUCUUACGGUGCCAAGUACGCUCCCACUGUGGUCCAGGCUAAUGUCAACACACUGAAGGCUGUUAAUCCGCUGGGUCUGUAUGGAGGAUACGGUGUCGAACACGGAUAUGGCUACGGAUACAACAACUACCUCCCAGUUCAAGCCCAUGCUGCGAAGUACGUUGCUGCCAACCCGGGAGCUGUCCAUGUGGCUCCUCUGCCAGGACAUCUAGUCAACCAGAAGUCGAUUGUUGCUUAA